GCUCAUUUCUCCACUACGUCAGUCCGAAGGAUACUUUCCUGGAACUUUCAGAGAGGAAAAAAAAAAAAACCCAAGACCUUGAAACAGAGAAGAAAUUGGCCCUUUCUUCAGUGGGAUGAAGCAUGUAAGGCACUUCACCCCCUCCUUAUUUCUCAGUUUGGUGCACGUUUGCCUGGUUCAGGCAAAUUAUGCUCCCUAUUUCUUUGAUAAUGGAGCCAGAAGCACAAACGGGAACAUGGCACUUCUCAGCCUUUCGGAGGACACACCUGUUGGUACCCAUGUGUACACUCUGAAUGGAACUGAUCCAGAAGGAGAUCCCGUGACAUACGGCCUGGCCUAUGAAGCUGGAUCAAGACGCUACUUUUCUGUUGACAAGAACCUUGGAAAUGUUACGCUGAUUGAGGAGCUUGACAGAGAGAAGGAAGAUGAGAUUGAAGUUAUUGUCAGUAUUUCAGAUGGCCUGAGUACAGUUUCUGAAAAAGUCAGGAUCCUUGUAAUGGAUGCUAAUGAUGAGAGCCCGGAGUUCAUCAACACACCUUAUAUAGUCCAAGUCCCAGAGAACGCUCCCUCUGGCAGCAGUAUCUUUAAGAUUGAGGCAGUGGACAAAGACACGGGUUCUGGAGGAAGUAUCACCUACUUCUUGCCGAACAUCCAUGCUAAUAAGUUUACAAUAGACCGUCACAGUGGUGUCCUGCGCAUCAAAACAGGGGUCACCCUGGACUAUGAGAAAUCAAGAACACAUUUUGUCGUCGUUGUAGCCAAGGAUGGUGGUGGGAAGCUCAGGGGAGACAACAAAGUGUUUUCAGCCACAACAACAGUUACUGUCAAUGUGGAGGAUGUUCAGGACACUCCUCCCAUGUUCAUCGGUACUCCCUACUAUGGAUAUGUCUACGAGGAUACACUCGCCGGCUCUGAGGUCCUUACUGUUGUUGCUCUUGAUGGAGACAGAGGAAAGCCUAACAGUAUUCAUUACUGCAUCGUGAACGGAAGCGAAGGUUCAUUCGAAAUCAGCAACACAACUGGAGCCAUUUCUGUUAUAAAAAGCCCAAAUCAGCUCAAGAAAGAAGUGUAUGAACUAAAAGUUCAGGCAUCAGAAGUCAGUCAGGAAGGUGACAUCUCAGUGUACGCUUUUGCCACGGUGACUAUACGGGUGGUUGACCUCAACAACCAUCCACCAACGUUCUAUGGAGAAAAUGGUCCCCAGAACAGAUUUGAACUGACCAUGUAUGAGCAUCCCCCAGAGGGCGAAAUCUUGAGGGGACUGAAGAUUACAGUCAAUGAUUCAGAUCAGGGAGCCAAUGCUAAAUUCAACCUCCGUCUUGUUGGACCUGGUGGUGUCUUCCGAGUGGUUCCCCAAACUGUCCUGAAUGAGGCUCAGGUUACAAUAAUAGUGGAAAAUUCUGCUGCUAUUGACUAUGAAAAAUUCAAGGUGUUGACCUUCAAG